AUGAGUACCAUGUGUCAGCUAAUGGAAAUUGAUGAGAAGAAUUUGCUGAUAAAAGUAGUAGAAUCUGGGCUAGUUAGGAAAGAAAAUUGUGCCCAGUCAGACUGCGUUCCCCGUGAUCUCCUGAUGAAUUGUUUACUUGACAAAGAUCAGGAAACCUUGAAAAAUAUUGGAGAGAUCAUUUUUGAAACAAAAUCCCAUCCCUUCCAGAAAGGUGACCGUGGACCAGCUGGCACACCAGGAGUAGCAGGGACACCGGGAAAGCCGGGAUCUCCCGGGUCCCCAGGGAUGCCAGGGGAACCCGGUGAAAGAGGACCUAUAGGAGAUAUAGGCUUCCCCGGGCCAGAAGGCCCACAAGGAAAACCAGGAGUCAAUGGAAAAGAUGGAUUGCCAGGUCCUCCGGGUGCUGUGGGGAGACCAGGGGACCGAGGGCCCAAAGGAGAACGUGGAGAUCAGGGUAUUCCAGGGGACAAGGGUCCACAAGGUGAACGAGGGAGACCUGGCCCAUCAGGAGAGAAGGGGGAUGCGGGUCCUAUUGGGCCACCAGGAGACAGAGGCUAUCCAGGAUCACCAGGUCAUCAGGGUCCCCCAGGAUCACCAGGACCCCCAGGGCUUCCGGUUGAUCCAGUUUCACUUGAAGAAAUAAAAAAGUAUAUCAAACAAGAGGUUCUUAAGGUUUUUGAAGAAAGGAUGGCCCAGUUUGUAUCCCAGCUGAAGCUGCCUGCUGCGAUGCUCGCCUCCCAAGCUCAUGGAAAACCAGGGCCCCCAGGAAAAGAUGGGUUACCAGGGCCACCAGGAAAGGAUGGUUUGCCAGGGCCACCAGGAGAACGUGGAGUUCAAGGUUAUAGAGGACAGAAAGGGGAAAGAGGCGAGCCUGGAAUUGGACUGCCCGGUAACCCUGGACCACCCGGCCCUGCAGCUACUGGCCUGCCGGGCCCACCGGGGACACCAGGCUCACCCGGACCGCAGGGGCCACCCGGACCCAACGGAAGAUGCAAUCCAGCAGAUUGCUAUUACCAUAUAUCACAGACUCGGUCACGCACCAGCGGGAAAUAAAAACCCUCUCCCGUAGACACUUGGGUUCACAGUCACUUUUCACUCCUAUCAAUAAGUUGAUUUAAUCUUUGAAAUACUUGGUGCAUUUAUUAUUUUUUUCCCCUCGACACUGCAUGGUAUAUAGAUAAUUUAUAAGGCACAGAACUGAGCCUUUUUCUAUGUUAUUUGCAGUGUCAUAAUUAUGAAAUGAUGACAUAUAUUUUCCAGAGUGCAUUCCAUGUGUUAUGUUUCUCAUAUUUAUUUUGCUUAGAGGAGAAGAUAGGCCCAAAUAAUUUUCAUAAGCUUCUUUCUUCGAACAAAAAGUAUUUUAUUAUAACUUGAGACCGUAUGUAUGCCUCGGUAUAUAAGAUGGCUUUAUUUUUAUUGCUGGUGGUGAAGUUUAAGUGGAGGAAAUGCAUUUCUG